CACUUUCAUUCUUGUUUUGUGCUUCACCCAGAAGAUUUGGUUAGCUGUCUUAUUUACGAGAUGUAAUUUUUGUUGUUGUUGUUUUGGAGGUGAGGGUGUGGUGUGGUGGGGGGUAUCCAAGGGUCUGAGUAGCAUCACUGCCACCUAGUUAAUUUCUAACCUUCUGAUGGACCACUUGCAAAAGAAACAAAAUCAAUCAUAAUUUCCUGUUUAUUUUAUUUUUUUAAGAAAUGGCAGCAUACUAUAUCUACAGUGCUAAUCUUCUCGUCUAAAUAGUAAAAAAAAGUAAAAAUUUAAAAAUGUAAAAGCAUGUAUCUACAUUAUAGUAGCCUACAUUUAUCUACAUAACCAAACAAAUUUAAUUUUUGAAGGAAAAAUCCCUGAAGCCAAUCAAGAUGUUCCCAAGACUUCCCAGAUCUCAAUGUAGAAGUGACAUUUUGUUUUGAAGUAAUAUUUCAGGACACAAUGUGCAAAAACUAAGUGACACAAGGACUCACUCCAGUGAGCCGUGGUGUUCUUCUAACAUUUCCGUGCUGCCCGGUCUGUCAGUUAUUUUUACCCAGCCAGCUCAACUACUGAUCGCACUGCCACGAAAGCUCAACAACCUGUACGUCAACGUCAACGCUAGCUACCUAUAGCUCGACUCGGUCGCUGCUGAACAUCCUCAUCUUUCGCGUUUUUUCUCGGUCGUGACUAGGCCGAAACGGCUGACUGACUGCUGGCUGCGUGGCUUCAUCUCAGCCCCGAGCAUCUGCAGCUGCGUGGUUCCCACGGUCAGCCACGCAAACGCUGGAGCCCUUUAGGUUUGCGUUCACUGAUCAACACCACAGUAGUGAUGAUGUUCCAACUCACCAGCAGCGGCGUUUGACUGCAAUGACCGGAGGACACUGUGGAUGUUUAGCUGUAGAUAAUGCGAAGAAUUCACUCACCCGUACGGAGGCGUAUGAUGACAAUGUCACCCGGUGACCGUGAGGACUCGAACAAGGUGGUGUUUGUCCAAAGCGGUCACCCAGGUCGAGUGUACGUUUCCUCCAACUGCUGCCUCUCUGUAGCGAGCAGCGGCGCCUCAGUAUGAUCCUUCCACACUGCAAUGGUGCUGCCGAACCACAGAGCGACCCGAUUGGCCAGAUGGAGCGGAACUCAGUGAACACGUCUGUGGCUAUGGCUUAUCCAGACCACCAGUAUCUCCUGGUAAUCAAUCAGAUAGCAGAAUCUUUGGACAGUAGUGAACGCAGGAGAGUCUUCUAUUUGUGUGAAAGCCCCGACGCUGAUGACAGCAUGCCCUGUGUGAAAGAGACACUGACAUCCAAAGUUAUGUGCUAUGAGAGUGGCUACCUCUUCCUAGAGGAACUCCUGUUAGAACUCAAACGUUUUGACAUCCUGAAGAAGGUGUGUGGACUCAGUCGAGAAGAGGUGGCGAUGACUCUUGAAGGCAGUCAGGUUCUUCCAAGGUUCAGAGUACUGAUGGAUUGUCUAAGUGAGGAUAUGGCCAGUGAAGACCUCAGCACCAUGAAGUUUCUAAUGAGUCGUACAAUACCUGGGGAGAAGAUGGAAAAGGCGAAGACUUUUUUGGAUUUGGCUGUUGAGCUUGAGAAGCAGGAUUUGGUUUCACCUGAGAGAGUUGACCUAUUAGAGGAGUGUUUAAAAAAUGCUGGCAGAGUUGACCUUGCCAGGAAAGUGGCUGCGUACAAGACAUCAGUCACAACACCUGGUCAUAGUUCUCCUCAGCAGGCAAGGUGCCGAGCCCCUUUUCCUCUUUCUACCCCUACUAUUUCCCCUCUCCUACGCCAAAGGGGACAAGAGCAGCUACUUCAUAACGUUACAAGAAACCCACCAUCACGUGUACUCAGAGGGGCCAGCUGUCAGGUGAGAUAUGCACUCGUCGUGUGUUGCUACAGAAAUGUACAGCACUAUAACAGAUCUCUUUAUUUGGAAUUUCAGCGUCAACAGGAUCAGUACAGUUUCAGUAGUAAUCCUCGAGGUGUUUGUGUUAUCGUAGACUGUGUGGGAAAGGAUGGAGACAUGUUGGAACAAACAUUCAAGACCCUUCGUUUUAACGUGAUCCUCUAUAAGUGGCUGAAUGCAGAAGAAAUCUUUUCAACUCUCAGAGACAUAUCAAAACAAAGAGAGAAUCUCAAAGGUGACGGCCUGGUCUGCUGCAUCAUUAGCCGUGCCUCAGAAAAGCGUCUCUUGGGGGUAGACUUGUGCACCAGUCUACAUUUAAACAGAAUCAGACAUCUUUUCACUGCGGAUGCAUGCCCCCUGCUGGCUGGGAAGCCCAAACUGUUCUUCAUCAAGACCUACAACGUCGCUGUGUUCCAACCCCGCACCAGGACUGAGUAUAGGGACGAAGAUCUACAAACGGAUGGAUGUAAUGGGCCGUUGAGGUAUGAAUGCAUACCCACUGAAGCAGACGUGUUCUGGAGCCACUGUUGGACGGAUGAGUAUCAACUUCAGGAUGAACGCCAUUGCUCCAUUUACCUGAAGGCUCUGACCGAUGCCUUGCUCAAAGGUCAAAAGUGGAAAACAAAACUCCUUGAUAUUCAUACUGAGGUAAAUGGAGCCAUCUUUGAACACAACAAGAGGAAUCCUGCGGAAAGCUACAGUAUAGAUUUAAAACAUACUCUGAGGAAAGACCUCUACUUUUAAAGAGUCAGCUGACCAUCUGACUUUCUCCACGAGGGCGAGUCACUUUGCCUACAGGGACACCUAGUGGUUUGAUUUAAAUGUGUAUUUAAUAUAUUCACCAGAUGUAAAUUAUCUACUACUAUCUUGUAACUUAUAUACUGUACUCAAAUAUGCGUGAAGAUACAUUAGUGUUCAAUGCAGCACAAAGCAGAAAGGAAUAUUGAAGUAAUAGACAUGAAUGGUUUAUUUAAUCCCAACUGAUAAUAUUUAAUCAUGUCUAACAUUUGUUUUAUUUUUCUGUAUUACAUGUUUUAUUAUUAUUCAGUGCAGCUAAACUAAAAUGAGGAAAUAUUUGUAACCUUUGUAUGGUACACACUACAGUACACUUUUAAAAUAUUUUACAUCCGUUUUUUUUACAUUUGUUUUUAUACUUUUGCUAAGUUUAAUGUAUGGACUAAAAGCAAUGUAUAUUUCUUUUUAAAUAAAUGUCUUUAUUGCAAAAAGA